CCGCCCUCCCGGUGCCCCCACAGUCCCAAAAUGCAGUGAGAGGCUGCCCCGGACGGACGUGCGGGCCUGGGAUGGAGCCCGGGACCCCUUGGCCUGCACCAGCGGCCCCCGGGAUGAGCCAUGGGGGUGGCGGUAUCCAGACCACCAGCACGCCCGAGGCCGGCGUGUGCUCCCUGGCGCUGCCCUCCGACCUGCAGCUGGACCGCCGGGGUGCAGAGGGGCCGGACGCUGAGCGGCUGCGAGCAGCCCGCGUCCAGGAGCAGGUCCGCGCCCGCCUCCUGCAGCUAGGCCAGCAGGCUCGGCACAAUGGGGCAGCUGAGCCUGAGGGGGCCACCGAGGCAGCCAGAGGCUCCCGCGGUCAGUACCACACCCUGCAGGCUGGCUUCAGUUCCCGCUCCCAGGGCCUCGGUGGGGACAACACGUCUACCUUCCGGCCCAUUGCCAAGCCCGCCUACAGCCCUGCCUCCUGGUCAUCUCGCUCAGCUGUGGACCUGAGCUCCAGUCGGAGACUGAGCUCUGCCCACAACGGGGGCAGCACCUUUGGGGUUGCAGGGUACGGGGGAGCCCAGCCCGCUGCACCCAUGCCCACCCGGCCCAUAUCCUUCCAUGAGCGUGGUGGGGUGGGGAGCCGGGUGGACUAUGACACCUUGUCCCUGCGCUCGCUGAGGCUAGGGGCUGGAGGUCUAGAUGACCGCUACAGCGUAGUGUCCGAGCAGCUGGAGCCCCCGGCUGCCUCCGCCUACAGGGCCUUCUCCUAUGAGCGCCAGGCCAGCUCCAGCCGGGCAGGGGGCCCGGACUGGCCAGAGGCUACCGAGGGGCCGCCCAGCCGGACCAUCCGCGCACCGGCCAUGCGGACCCUGCAGCGAUUCCAGAGCAGCCACCGCAGCCGUGUCGGGGCCGGGGUGGCGCCAGGGGGUGUCCUGGAGCCUGUGGCCCGAGCGCCGUCUGUGCGCAGCCUCAGCCUGAGCCUGGCUGACGCCAGCCACCUGCCGGACGUGCGUGGGCUGGACAGCUACGGUGGCCACCGCACCCUGCAGAGGCUCAGCAGCGGAUUUGAUGACAUUGACCUGCCCUCGGCAGUCAAGUACCUCAUGGCCUCAGACCCCAACCUGCAGGUGCUGGGAGCAGCCUACAUCCAGCACAAGUGCUACAGUGAUCCAGCAGCCAAGAAGCAGGCCCGCAGCCUCCAGGCCGUGCCCAGGCUGGUGAAGCUCUUCAACCAUGCCAACCAGGAGGUGCAGCGCCACGCCACGGGCGCCACGCGCAACCUCAUCUACGACAACGCGGACAACAAGCUGGCCCUGGUGGAGGAGAACGGCAUCUUCGAGCUGCUGCGGACGCUGCGUGAGCAAGACGAUGAGCUGCGCAAGAACGUCACAGGGAUCCUAUGGAACCUGUCCUCCAGCGACCACCUGAAGGACCGCCUGGCCCGAGACACACUGGAGCAGCUCACGGACCUGGUGCUGAGCCCCCUCUCAGGCGCCGGGGGACCACCCCUCAUCCAGCAGAACGCCUCCGAGGCUGAAAUCUUCUAUAAUGCCACGGGGUUCCUCAGGAACCUCAGCUCAGCCUCCCAGGCCACUCGCCAGAAGAUGCGUGAGUGCCAUGGGCUGGUGGAUGCCCUGGUCACCUAUAUCAACCAUGCCCUGGACGUGGGCAAGUGCGAGGACAAGAGCGUGGAGAAUGCCGUGUGCGUGCUGAGGAACCUGUCCUACCGCCUGUAUGACGAGAUGCCGCCAUCAGCCCUACAGCGGCUCGAGGGCAGGGGCCGCAGGGACAUGGCUGGGGCGCCACCCGGCGAGGUGGUGGGCUGCUUCACGCCUCAGAGCCGGCGGCUUCGAGAGCUGCCCCUCACGGCCGACGCACUCACCUUUGCCGAAGUCUCUAAGGACCCCAAGGGUCUCGAGUGGCUGUGGAGCCCCCAGAUCGUGGGGCUGUACAAUCGGCUGUUGCAGCGCUGUGAGCUCAACCCGCACACGACUGAGGCAGCCGCUGGGGCACUGCAGAACGUCACCGCGGGCGACCGCAGGUGGGCGGGCGUGCUGAGCCGCCUGGCUCUGGAGCAGGAGCGUAUCCUGAACCCGCUGCUGGACCGGGUUCGGACCGCUGACCACCACCAGCUGCGCUCGCUCACUGGCCUCAUCCGAAACCUGUCUCGGAAUGCCAGAAACAAGGAUGAGAUGUCCACCAAGGUGGUGAGUCACUUGAUUGAGAAGCUUCCUGGAAGCGUGGGUGAGAAGUGUCCCCCGGCCGACGUGCUGGUCAACAUCAUAGCUGUGCUCAACAACCUGGUGGUGGCCAGUCCCAUCGCCGCCCGAGACUUGCUCUACUUUGACGGGCUCCGAAAGCUGGUCUUCAUCAAGAAGAAGCGGGACAGCCCCGACAGUGAGAAGUCCUCCCGAGCGGCCUCCAGCCUCUUGGCCAACCUGUGGCAGUACAACAAGCUUCACCGAGACUUCCGGGCGAAGGGCUAUCGAAAGGAGGACUUCCUGGGCCCAUAGGUGAGGCCUUCCUGGAGGAGGAAGAUGCAACGUGGCCCGGCCUCCAAGGGACAGGCUCAGCUCUGCGCUGCUCACUGGCCAGCCCGGCGGGAGAAGGCUGAUGGCCUGGGGCCUCUCGCUGGAGCCCGUGUGCAACUCUGAAGGGCCUAGGGCACCAGGGAGGGGACGGGGGGGGGGCUGGUUGCAGGGACUUGGCUUCUAUAGGGCAGGGGUAGGGCAGGGCUUGAGGCUCUCUGGGGUGUGGGAUGGUGACCAGGUCACAUGGGCAGAGGGGGCAACUGCCAGUGCUUGGAAUAAAGGUGGCCAUGAACACA